CACUUUCCCUCUUAAAAAAAAAAAAGAAGCACGCAGCUCUAUAGAAUAUUAGAAUUAGGUACUCGCAUCCCUGUGCAAAUUUAUACAUUUGUUGGGGUGAUUUCAGAUGCGAUAGGGAGGUACUCCCGAUUCCUUCAUCAGAUCUGAGAUUUGGGGAGUUGGUUUGAAGAAAGAAAAUGUUGACAAAGUUUGAGACGAAGAGUAACAGAGUGAAGGGACUGAGUUUCCACAACAAGAGACCGUGGAUCCUUGCAAGUCUUCACAGCGGCGUGAUCCAGCUAUGGGACUAUCGAAUGGGGACUCUAAUCGACAGGUUUGACGAACAUGAUGGACCCGUUCGUGGCGUUCACUUCCACAAAUCUCAGCCGUUGUUUGUGUCUGGAGGAGAUGAUUACAAGAUCAAAGUUUGGAACUAUAAGAUGCAUCGGUGCCUGUUUACACUCCUUGGACACCUUGAUUACAUUCGCACUGUGCAGUUUCAUCAUGAGUAUCCAUGGAUUGUGAGCGCCAGUGAUGAUCAGACUAUUCGCAUAUGGAACUGGCAGUCGCGCACUUGCAUUUCUGUAUUGACGGGCCACAAUCAUUAUGUUAUGUGUGCCUCAUUCCACCCCAAAGAAGACCUUCUUGUAUCGGCCUCUCUAGAUCAGACUGUACGUGUUUGGGAUAUUGGUGCCCUGAGAAAGAAGACCGUCUCCCCCGCAGAUGACAUCCUGCGGUUGAGUCAGAUGAAUACAGAUCUGUUUGGCAGUGUGGAUGCUGUUGUUAAGUAUGUAUUGGAAGGUCAUGACCGGGGAGUCAACUGGGCUGCUUUCCAUCCUACUCUGCCUCUGAUUGUCUCAGGCGCAGAUGAUCGCCAAGUGAAGUUAUGGCGCAUGAACGACACAAAGGCUUGGGAAGUGGACACCCUGAGAGGGCACAUGAAUAAUGUUUCAUGUGUUAUGUUCCAUGCCAAACAAGACAUCAUUGUUUCCAAUUCAGAGGACAGAAGUAUCCGCGUGUGGGAUGUCACUAAGCGAACUGGUGUUCAGACUUUCCGACGAGAGCACGACCGAUUUUGGAUUCUUUCGUGUCACCCUGAGAUGAAUCUCCUAGCUGCUGGACAUGACAGUGGAAUGAUUGUUUUUAAGUUGGAGAGAGAGAGACCUGCCUUUGCAGUAAGUGGUGAUUCAUUGUUCUACGCCAAAGACCGGUUUUUGAGAUUCUUUGAGUUCUCAACUCAAAGGGAUACACAAGUUAUUCCAAUCAGACGGCCUGGGUCAACCAGCUUGAACCAGAGUCCUAGGACCCUUUCUUACAGUCCCACUGAAAAUGCUGUUCUUCUCUGCUCGGAUGUGGAUGGUGGAUCCUAUGAGUUAUAUGUCAUCCCUAGAGACAACAUUGGUAGGGGUGAUAACAUGCAAGAGGCAAAGAGAGGUAUUGGGGGAUCAGCUGUAUUUAUUGCUCGUAAUAGGUUUGCGGUGCUUGAAAAAAUCGGCAACAAAGUUAUAGUGAAGAACCUGAAAAAUGAGGCUGUUAAAAAUGUUGAACUCAAAUUUCCUGCGGAUGCAAUAUUCUAUGCUGGUACAGGUAAUGUGUUAUGUAGGGCCGAGGAUAGGGUGCAUAUUUUUGAUCUCCAGCAGAGGGCGGUUCUUGGUGAACUUCAAACACCUUUUAUCAAGUAUGUUGUUUGGUCUAAUGACAUGGAGUGUGUUGCCUUGCUCAGCAAACAUGCCAUCGUCAUUGCUGGCAAGAAGCUUGUGCACCAAUGCACUCUUCAUGAGACAAUCCGUGUAAAGAGUGGAGCAUGGGAUGAUAAUGGUGUUUUCAUUUAUACAACUCUUAAUCACGUUAAAUACUGUCUCCCAAAUGGAGAUAGCGGGAUAAUAAGAACCCUCGAUGUCCCAAUAUACAUUACAAAGGUUUCUGGAAACACUCUCUUUUGCUUGGAUCGUGAUGGGAAGAAUAGGUCAAUAGUUAUUGAUGCAACUGAAUAUAUGUUCAAACUGUCUCUGUUGAGGAAGAGGUAUGAUCAUGUUAUGAGCAUGAUUAGGAACUCACAACUUUGUGGGCAGGCAAUGAUUGCUUAUUUGCAACAGAAAGGAUUUCCUGAAGUAGCUCUCCAUUUUGUUAAGGAUGAAAAAACUCGGUUCAAUUUGGCACUGGAGAGUGGAAACAUUCAAAUUGCCGUCGCAUCAGCUAAGGAGAUUGAUGAGAAAGAUCACUGGUAUAAAUUGGGGGUGGAAGCACUUCGCCAAGGCAAUGCAGGUAUUGUGGAGUAUGCCUAUCAGAGGACAAAGAAUUUUGAGAGAUUGUCUUUUCUUUAUCUCAUAACUGGUAAUAUGGAAAAGUUGUCAAAGAUGCUGAAAAUUGCAGAAGUGAAGAAUGAUGUCAUGGGUCAGUUUCAUAAUGCCCUAUAUCUGGGUGAUGUCCAGGAACGUGUCAAGAUCUUAGAGAAUGUGGGCCACUUACCUCUUGCUUAUAUCACAGCUAAAACCCAUGGGCUGCAAGAUGCAGCUGAGCGAUUAGCUGCUGAGUUGGGAGAUAAUAUUCCGUCUCUACCAGAGGGUAAGGAACCCUCCCUUUUGAUGCCCCCGACUCCAAUCAUGUGUGCUGGUGAUUGGCCUCUUCUGAGAGUCAUGAAAGGCAUCUUUGAAGGUGGGCUGGAUAAUGUUGGUACGGGUGCUGCAGAGGAGGAAGAGGAUGCUGAUGGUGCUUGGGGUGAGGACCUGGAUAUGGUAGAUGCUGAUGGCCUAGAAAAUGGGGAUGUUACAGCAGUUUUGGAGGAUGGGGAAGGCGCUGAAGACAAUGAAGAAGAGGGAGGGUGGGAACUUGAAGAUUUGGAACUUCCCCCCGAGGCAGACACGCCUAGGGCUUCCGUCAAUGCUCGUUCUUCUGUGUUUGUGGCACCGACUCCUGGCAUGCCCGUUAGCCAGAUUUGGAUCCAGAGAUCAUCACUCGCUGCUGAACAUGCUGCAGCAGGCAAUUUUGAUACCGCAAUGCGUUUGCUGAGCAGGCAACUUGGAAUAAGAAACUUUGCUCCAUUGAAAUCUAUGUUUCUUGAUCUUCAUGCUGGCAGCCAUUCCUAUGUACGCGCUUUUUCAUUAGCUCCUGUUGUAUCACUCGCAGUUGAACGGGGACGGAAUGAGUCAGCUAACCCUAAUGUGAGGGGCCCACCAGCACUUGUGUUCAAUUUCUCUCAGCUGGAAGAGAAACUUAAGAUGGGCUAUAAGGCAACUACUUCUGGGAAAUUCACUGAGGCUCUUCGUGUCUUCAUUAGCAUUCUUCAUACCAUUCCUCUGAUUGUUGUUGAGUCAAGGAGGGAAGUUGAUGAAGUCAAGGAGCUGAUUAUUAUUGUCAAAGAAUAUGUUUUGGGUUUGAAAAUGGAACUAAAGAGGAGGGAAUUAAAAGAUGAUCCAGUACGUCAGCAGGAACUUGCUGCCUAUUUCACCCAUUGCAAUCUGCAAAUGCCUCACUUACGCCUUGCUUUGCUAAAUGCAAUGACUGUGUGCUACAAGGCAAAGAACCUUGCUACUGCUGCUAAUUUUGCCCAGCGGCUAAUAGAGACGAACCCCCAAAAUGAGACUCAAGCUAGGACAGCAAGGCAAGUGCUGCAGGCUGCUGAGAGGAACAUGAAUGAUGCAUCGGAGCUCAAUUACGAUUUUAGAAACCCAUUUGUCACCUGUGGAGCAACUUAUUUGCCAAUUUACCGGGGACAGAAGGAUGUUUCCUGCCCUUAUUGUAGUUCCCGGUUUGUGCUAAGCCAGGAAGGGCAGCUCUGCUCUGUUUGCGAUCUUUCAGUGGUUGGAGCAGAUGCUUCUGGAUUGCUCUGUUCUCCUUCCCAGAUACGAUGAUCAAGCUCUUUAACCGGGAAAUUUUGAUAAGAUUUUAGAUCUCCCUUUUGGCGGGAAGAGCAGUCACGUUGCAGGAUAAAGGUAAGAUACUGAAGAAGAAUUGAUUUUCUUUUUGAAUUGUUUGUGCUCUCCUUUAAAUGACUUCUUUUUGUUAUUCUUUGUCAGUAUGCUAUGAUUUUAAUGUAAUAAACAACUUGAGAAUUUUUAGUUAGUCUCUCUUCUUUUUCGUUGUUCAUAGACAAGAAUAGCGGACCCCCUGUUAAAUUAGUUGAUUAUAGGCAGGACGAUAUUGCAUGUCUAUGUAUGGAGAUGUCUUCUAGCAAAUUUGCUUAUUUGUUGGACGAGUUGGGGUUUAUAUUGGUUGUAGGUGAAUGUAAUACCAUGAUAUUAUUUACACAGCCAGUUUGGAUAAUUGAAAAUUUGCAGUUGUUACAGUAAUGUAUCCGAAUAUGAGUUUGUUGCCAAGUGUGAAUGUGUAUACAUGUUUUCGUGUUCUUA